AUGGCAGCAGUAGACAAGCGUGAUGAAGCGACAUUGUUGCCUUUGAUACAAAGACACAUUGCAAAGGGAACAACAAUUGUGUCAGACUGUUGUAAAGCAUAUAUCAAUUUGGAGAGACAUGGAUACGAGCAUCGAUUGGUGAAUCACUCGAAAGAAUUUGUGAAUAGUGAGGGAUUCCACACGAACAAAAUUGAAGGACAUUGGCGACAAGCGAAGUGCAAACUGCCGUGUUUUGGCGUGCGAAAGAUUGCGUUUUCAUCGCAUUUAGUUGAGUUUUUGUGGCGAUAUGAAAACAAGGGUAAAGAUUUAUUUGUAGAAUUUCUUUGUGAUGUUAAGAAAAUAUACAGUGAAUUUUAA